AUGGUAACUCCUAAAAUAUUCACCGCUUUAAUUGUAGGCGAUGACUCCACUAAUAGAGCCAACAAUAAAAAAUAUUUAGGCAAAAAUGGAUUUGAAAUUGUAGUAGCUAAAAACGGGGAAGAAGCUGUAGAGUAUUUUCAAGUGGGUUACAAAUUUGAUUUAGUGUUGAUGGACAUGGAAAUGCCCGUCAUGGAUGGUCUUCAGGCAACCCGAGAAAUCCGAGCUUUGGGAGUAAGGAGUUUGAUCAUUGGAAUGUCUUCAACAUCCUCACAAGUGAAGAUUCAAGAAUUUGUUAAUGCUGGUUUAGAUGCUUAUUACCCUAAGCCUAUGAACAUGGCUAAACUUGCAGCCAUUGUUGGCUGUCUUACUAAUUGA